AUGGCUGCUCCGUCGGCCCGUGGCGCGCUCUUUCUGUGCGCCUUCCUCCAGCUCUUCCCCCUGCCCGGCGGACAGGUGCAAAACUGCCAGGAGGUGCGCAGCGUGUUCCAGUCCCUGCACCCGGGCUCCAAGUGGGUCCCCGAAACCCCAGUGUCAGGUUCGGAUCUGCAGGUUUGCCAAACAAAAGGCCCGACCUGCUGUUCCAAGAAGAUGGAGGAGCGGUAUCAGGUAGCCGCACGCAGCAACAUGGAGUCUGGUCUGCAGGUGGUCAGCGCUCAACUCAAACGCCUCAUCAUCCAGAAUGCUGCCAUUUUCCAAGAGGCCUUUGACCUGGUGCUGCGUCAUGGACGCAACUCCACCCUGGCCAUGCUGAAGUUGGAGUUCCCAGGGCUCGGAGGUGGGGCCCAGAGCUCGGUCGGGCAGCUCUUCCUCGACAUGGCACUCUACAUCCUUGGCUCAGAUUCCACAGUGGACCACAUGGUGGCGGUGCUCUAUGGCCGCCUCUUCCCCCUUGCAUACCGCCGCCUGCUGGGAGGCAGUGUGUCCGCUGCGUCUGAGGAAUGUAUAAGAGGAGCCUGGAAGGACUCAGCAGCAUUUGGCCCUUAUCCCAAAUUGAUGAUGACCCGUCUUUCCCGUUCCCUCCUGGCUACACGGGUGUUCCUGCAGGCACUGAACUUGGGCAUUGAGGUUGUCAACACGACGGACCACCUGCGGCCCAGCCGGGACUGUAGCAAGGCCCUGCUGAGGCUGUGGUACUGCCCGCACUGCCAGGGCAUGCUGGGGCCACCAGCCUGCAGAGGUUUCUGUCAGGCAGUGAUGCAGAGCUGCCUGGGUGGAGCGGCCGAGGUGCAACCUCAUUGGAGGACCUACGUAGAGGGACUGGGGAAGCUGGCUGGUUCCAUGAGGGGAGAGCAGGACAUGGAAGCUGUUGUUCUUCGACUGCCGUCAAUGAUCAAACUGGCUCUCAAGCACGCCGUGAACGCACGCAGCCGCCUCACUGCCCUGGUGAACGGGAUGUGUGCUCCUCCUCCUCAGCGGGCCGCUCGUUCAGUCCGGGCCCCCCCUUCUCCUCCUCCUCAGCCCCCUGCAGCCUCUGCAGCCCGCAGUGUGCAGACCUCACCCUCAGGCGACUCGGAUGAGACGUUGGCUGGCCUCCGCAGGGAGUUCAUAUCCAACCUGAGGGGCUUCAGCUCCUUCUACAGUGGUCUUGGGGAGGCAUUGUGCAGCCGAGAGCCUGCACCAGCGAACCACUCCCUCUGCUGGAACGGGCAGGAGAUGACAGACAGGUUUCCCGGGCCCAGCCUGAAGCGAGUGCACCCAGGCGCUGAGUCCAAGAGCAACAAGCCCCCCGAGCCAAUCAUCAGCCAGAUCAUAGACAAACUCAAACACAUCAACCAGCUGCUGCGGCUUGUGACGGUAUCUGAGAAACGCUGGCGAGCCCGGUCCCGUGGCGGCGGGGGGGACGGGUGGAGUGACGAUGGGGACGAGGGAUUCCAGAGCGGCGACUGUGACGAUGAAGACGAGUGCACUGGAGUGUCCGGGCUGGGGCCGCCACCGAGACGCAAGCGGUUGCGCAUCUUUGCAGAUCUCGCUGAUAACCUGGCAAUGGAAGACUUCACCUUCCAGGAGCAGCUGCUGACCCCACGGCUCGCCACAGGCGUCUCCUCACCCACGGCUCCGCUCAGGAGGAGCUACCUGGUCCUGACGCUCCCUGUGACGCUCGCUCUGCUCCUGCUAUGUCUCCACUGACCUGUGCACUCACACUCUCCCAUCACCUCUUUACCUUAGGAUUCAAUACAAAACUCUGUGGAACAUGGAAAACUGUGGCUCAUCGAAAGGAAGCAUUAACUACAGAAAUUGGUACAUUCCUUUUAACGCGUCUCAGAAAGAACUUGUUGUGUUUUAUUAAAAUCACUCAACAAACGUAUAAAAGCACACCAGAUAACCCCUUGGCAUUGUGUAAAUAAGAAACCCAUCUUCUGGUCCACUCCCACUAUACCCUCUUAUUCACUGGUCAAAAAACCCACUAACACCCACUUACUUCUGGCUUUUGUCUGCAAUG